AUGUGUGGCUGGGCCAUAGUUUCCGCGUUCACGGCUAUGGCAGACAACUACGUCCACCUCCUUGUUCUGAGGCUCUUGCUCGGGUGGUUCAAAGCCCCCUUUUACCCAGGCGCCAUCUACCUGUUGAGCCCAUUUUAUACGAACUCCGAGCUUGCGACGCACCUGGCCAUACUGUACUGCGGGCAGCUCAGUGCCUUUCCGGGGCCAACAAAUACGGGCAUUUUCGCAGGUCUUGAUACGAUGGCUAUCGUCAACUUUUCUGCAGUCGCAGCAAAUAUUUAUACAGCUUACUUAGGGCCUGAUUCUGAGAGCCCACGUUUCUUGGUUGGAAUCGGCAACAGUACUGGAUUCUGCGUUAUGUGCAUGUUAUCCGCGCACUUUAUCUGGUUUCUAUUCAGAAGGCUCCAUAGACAACAGCUACGGGCGCCUGAUGGGGACUCCGUAAAGCUGUUUGCGACAUAG